ACGGUGAGCGCACAGCUAUCGAUGGUAAAUAUCGAUAGAUGACAAAAAAAAUUUUUUUUGCCACAAAUGUCGCCGAGCUACAUAAUUGUUUAAUAAACAAUUAAUCACUAAUAUAAACAAAAUAGUGCAAAUUGUGUCAGUGUAUGUGUGAGCUAUUCAAUGUAAUUGGCAAGACUGUUCGUAUUGAAUGGCCUGCAAUUGCGCUACGUGCUGUGCCCACAGAGUAACAAUAACAAAAACAACAACGAAAACAAUAACAGCAACACAAACAACAACAACAACAACUGCUGCUGAACUAGAGCCACAACGCAAAGGAGAUUGAGAUUCGCAACGCAAUCAAAAAAAAAAAAAAAAAAAAUCACACACACACAUACAAAACAAAAAAAAUAGAAAAAAAAACAACAGAAAAAAUUCCAUAAAGCGGAAAAUAACAUACGCUGCGUGAGAGUGUUGUGAAGGUGCCAAGGGGGGAGGGGGCUGCCGCGAACAUAGCCCAAAGGUGGUUAACAGUAGCAGCAGCAGCAACAAAAACAACAACAGCAAGAAGAGUACGAUACUACGAGCAAGACCUUGAAAACUUUAAAAGAAAUAGCAACAAAAUACGCUCAAAAUAUUAACAAAAAACGCAAACAGAGCUGAGCGCAGCACGUCGAGAGUGUGAAGAGCGGAGAGUGGAGAGAGGCCGCCAAGUUAUGGAGAGUGACAAUUUUCCGCAGCGCGCCAAUUAAACAUAGAAAAAAGUAAAACAAAACAACAGCGAGAGAGAGAAAAGGAAAUGCAUUGUGGAGAAAAGCGAAUUCGAUAUCGAAUUCGUCGGCAAGCCAGCAGCAGCAGUAGCAGCACAUCACUACACUCACACACACAAAGAAUCAUACACACACAUACACUCACACACACGCCAGACAACAACAAAUAACGUGCGCGAUAUGGCAGCAAUAGUCGCCCCUGCCGCUGCCUCAGCCAGCAGCGGCGUCGCAGUUAUGACAGCAGGCGUCUCAGAUGCGGCGUCAUCGGAGCCCAAUGGCGACGCCAAUGGCGCCUCAAAUGGUCGCGAGGCGCGCAACCUGGCCGAGAAGCAGCGACGCGACAAACUGAACGCCAGCAUCCAGGAGCUGGCCACCAUGGUGCCACAUGCCGCGGAGUCGACGCGGCGCCUCGACAAGACCGCUGUGCUCCGGCUGGCGACGCAUGGACUGCGAAUGGAGUAUGUGUUUGGCAAGUCGGCGACACGACGGCGUCGCAAACACAAUCUCAAGAUGCUGCCAUCGACGCACGAGACGCCACAGCUGACGGACACACUGAUGCAGUUGCUCGACAGUUUUCUGCUCACGCUCACAUGCAAUGGCCAAAUUGUGCUCGUCUCGGGCAGCGUGGAACAGUUGCUGGGCCACUGCCAGUCGGAUUUGUAUGGACAGAAUCUGUUGCAGAUUACGCAUCCCGAUGAUCAGGCGUUGUUACGUCAACAGCUCAUACCACGUGACAUCGAGACGCUUUUCUACCAGCAACAGCAGCAGCAGCAACAACAACAACCACAGCAGCGACAACGACAGCAGCAGCAGCAGCAGCAUCAACGGCGGCACAAGCAGCGACGUCAAAAGUCAAGGCAUUCGCAAUCGCAUUCCACAUCGGCCAGCGACGAGGAGGAGCACGAGGAGGAUGAGGACGAAGCUAACGACGACGACGACGACGUGGAGCUCGAGGAACAGCAAUAUGACAACGACGAUGGUGAUGGUGAUGACGAUGAUGUGGAGCUCAUGGAUAACAUCGAUGCCCACAUGCCACAUCGCAGUCGAACGCGAACCCGCACGCCCAGCCCCGAGACCCUCGCCCAUUGGGCGGCCAUCGAUGAGCGUCUGCGCGCCGAUCGUCGCUGCUUCAAUGUGCGCCUCUCGCGGGCCGCAACGCGAGCGGAGUCGACGCGUCAGUACGAAUGGGUGAAGAUCGAUGGCUGCUUUCGUCGCAGCGAUUCAUCGGUGACGGGUGGCGCCGCUGCCAAUUAUCCAAUCGUCUCGCAACUGAUAAGGCGAUCGCGUAAUAACAAUAUGCUCGCUGUUGCCGCCGCCGCCGCCGCCGCAGCGGCUGCUGCAGCCUCAUCUGAUAACUCGUCGUCGUCAUCGUCCCCGUCGCUGCCGCCUCCCUGCCUGCCACAACACGAUGCCAUCGCGCAGGCCGCGCUCCAUGGCAUCAGUGGCAACGACAUCGUCCUGGUGGCCAUGGGUCGCAUCAUGCGCGAGAGUUCGACGAACCUCAGCCUCCUGUGCCGCCAGCCGGAGCCGUAUCAGCUGGAGUAUCGGACGCGGCAUCUCAUCGACGGCAGCAUCAUCGACUGUGAUCAGCGCAUUGGCAUCGUUGCCGGCUAUAUGAAGGAUGAGGUGCGCAACCUGAGCCCCUUCAGCUUCAUGCAUCUGGACGAUGUGCGCUGGGUGAUUGUGGCACUGCGACAAAUGUACGACUGCAACAGCGACUAUGGGGAGAGUUGCUAUCGACUGCUGUCGAGGAACGGACACUUUAUCUACCUGCAUUCGAAGGGAUUCCUCGAGAUUGACAAGAGCAGCAACAAGGUGCAUUCGUUUCUGUGCGUCAACACGCUGCUGGACGAGCAGGCCGGCAAGCGGAAGGUGCAGGAGAUGAAGAACAAAUUCUCGACAAUCAUCAAGGCCGACAUACCCACGCAGACGAGUCCCGAUUUGCCCGCCUCGCGGGCUCCUCAGCAGCUCGAACGGAUUGUGCUCUAUCUCAUUGAGAAUCUGCAAAAGACAGCAAACAACGGUAGCAAUGGCAUCGACGACAACAUCGAUGCCAUGGACGAUGGCUGCUGCAGUUCGCCAGCAUCGACGCUGACCCUGGAGGAGCAGGCGCCAUCGCCAGCGGCACAGUUGGCUUUGGUGCCGCCAGCGCCUGGGCAUGUGAAGCAUUCGAUAUCGAAGUCGGUGGAUGUGGUGAAUGUGACAUCCGCACGCAAUUUGCAGUACCAGCAAAAGCAGCAGCAGCAGCAGCAACAGUUGCAACAACAGCAGAAGCAGCAGCAGCAACAACAGCAGCAGCAACAACAGAAGGUGCAGCAACAACAGUCUGUUAUAAGGCAGCUGAGCUGUAGCGAGAGCUCCACAUUGUCGCCGGCAAGUGCGAGCAGCGUGGAUACGACUCUCGACGACGGCAACAACAGCAAUGCAUCCCCGCCACCAGCCACAGGAACAGCAGCCACAGCAACGGCAGCAACCACAGUUGUGGCGCCGCGAGUCAGCGUAUUGAAGCGACUGAUGUCAACGCCCAUCAAGUCAGGUGGAACAUCAGCAGCUGGAACGCAAGGUCGAGCAGCGACAGCGGCAGCGGCAGGAGGAGGAACGGGAAAGGGAACGGGAACACAGCUGAAGGCGGCGCUGUCGAGCACGUUGCGCAGCUUGGACACACAGCUGGUGACGAUGGGCGAGGAGGCGCGCACGUUAUUCCAACAACAGUUGCGGCAACGCGAUGCCAUGCUGCCCAGGUUCGAGCAGCAAAUGGAUGCCAUUAUGCUGGAGCAUGAGGUGCAGAAGCAGUUGCUGGUGAACAUAACCAGCGAGUAUGAGACGCAGGUUUCGGUGAUAACAAACAACAAGCAGAAACAGAAACAGUCCAGUGAGAGCAACAGUAACAGUAGCAACAGCGGCAGCAACAGCAAUUAGUGUGGUUACUGCUGGCCAGUGUUGCGAAACGCCAACGUUUUUGCCUUUCGGAUUAGCUACAAUACAAUACUACAACACAACACUAUUUAUUUAAUGUACGUCGACACAUAGCUCAGUAUUCAGUGCACGGCUGAAGCUUUGUCCCCUCCUUAAAUCUUCCUUUCCCUUAAACCUUACUCGAACUACCUCCCGUGUUUUUGUGCGUUGAUCAACACUUAGACCACACUUAAGACCCAGUGCAAAAAGAGUACAAAGAAAACACACACACACAUACAUACAUUGUUUUUAAGCCCAAGCUACUCAUUAAGAGAGCGAGACAGAGACACAAAUUGAAAGAUAGAGAGAGAGAUUCUAGUUUUAAAUAAAUAAACAUUGUGCAACACUGAGCGCGACUGAGCAAUACGCAUAACAAUUACCACAUUUUGCAAGCAACACACAUUUGUGUACACACAAUUAAUUAAUACUCAAUUGAUAGCUGUAAUAAGACUAGCGGAAAAGUCUACAUACCCAGGCACUGGAGUUUUCCCUACCCCCCUCGAACACACACCUACACACACACACAC